AUGGAAAGUAUGUCUGAGCAUGGUAAGAGGGAUCAAGCAUCUGAAAGUGAUGGCUCCGAUGGCGACUGGAAAGCUCAUUUAUUGAAACGUCGGAAGGCAAAAUCAGGCAAGUUAGAUUUAAGUGUACAGCGACAUUCUUCGUCACCAAUUCAUAGUGAAGAUGAGAAGUACGAAGAAGAAGAUUAUUUAACGAUGGACUUGCCCUCUGAUGAUGGAAUUACUGCUAUGGGCCAGGAGUCGUCAGGUAACCGUGCAUCCUGUGAUUUCUCGGGACAUAUGUCAAAAGGCCUUAAGAUGAUGGAAAAGAUGGGAUAUAGGGUGGGGAGUAAAUUAGGUUCUGCAGAACGGUCUCAGUAUGCUCUAAAAGAGCCGUUAAAACUUGAAGGUCAGGUGCAUAGGAUUGGAAUCCGAGAACGUCCCCAAUGGGGGAAAGAGUCGCCCGUAUCAGAGACCAGUACGACUGAAUACCGACGAAGACUUCAUGAGGAAAAUGAUAUGCAAAGAAAACAACGAGUAUUUCUUAAAAUGCAAAAAUUAGCAUUUGAAAUUUCAGGAGAUGUAGAUAUUGUUACAAGCGAUAGCGACCCAAGAGAUUUUAAUGUAUUGUGGAGACAACAUGUAAGGCAAAUAAUACAUAAAAAUGCCUCUGCAACUGGUUCAGAAGAAACCAAAAACUGCGUGUCAUCUUCCGAUCCCAAGGAAGUAACUGAGGAGCAUCAACAACAUGAAGAUCUUGAAGAGGAUGUAAAGAUAAUCAGACCUCAAGAAAAAUCACCCUCAUCAAGCAGUUCAGUAUCAACUUCUAAUGACAGUGAGUUAAAUCUCUUUGAGAAACUUACCUUAUGUGAACAGAUUGCGAAACUUCAUAAUUUCCUUAGAGAGGAAUUCUGUUACUGCUUCUACUGCGGUAUCCAGUAUAUAAACGGUGCAGAUUUGCAUGGGAACUGUCCAGGUUUUACGGAAGAUGAACACUAUUGA